UACCGUAAUGGUGCUAUAAAUUGAUUCAAAAAUAAGCAGAAACAAUUCAUUCACUUCAUUUUAGCAAUAAAGAAAGCAUUAUAUAUAAUGGCUUCCAUUUCUUUAAUUGUAUUUACCAUCCUUGUAGUAAACAUCUCUUGUAGUAUGUGUUUUCUACGCAUGGCCAGUACCGGUUUAGCCACUUGGUAUGGUCCUGAAGAUGGUGCUGGUAAAGGAGCAGCUUGUGGAUGGGAGGAUGAUGUGCAUGAUCCUCCCUUUAGCGCGAUGAUUGCGGCAGGAAAUUCAAAUAUCUUUUUGAAUGGGAAAGGAUGCGGACAUUGUUUUCAGAUACAAUGUUCACGAAAACCAUACUGCUCAGGGAAACCAAUUAGUGUGACGAUCAGUGAUCAGUGUCCAGGGGCAUGUAACAAUAUAGCCUAUCAUUUUGAUUUAAGUGGGCAUGCGUUUGGUAUGAUGGCCAAUCGUGGACAAGAACACAGUCUAAGACAACUUGGCCAAGUUGACAUUGAGUUCAAAAGAGUACCAUGCAACUAUGGUGCCACGAAGAUAGCAUUCAAAGUUAGCCAGAAAACCAACCGCUACUGGUUCGCAACAGCCAUAGAAUAUACAAAUGGGGAUGGUGUUUUGAGUCGUGUGGAGGUAGCACCCGGUGGCACCCAAACUUUUUCGUCCAUGGAUAACAUAUGGGGUGCAGUUUGGAAAAAGGACAUCAACGAUUCGUUUAAAGGUCCAUUGUCUUUCAAGCUCACCUCUGCUGAUGGGAAAACCCUUGUAGCAAGUAAUGCCAUUCCAGCAAACUAUUCGCCUGGUCGUAAAUACUCAUCAAAUGUAAAUUUUUGAAUAAGUAGGCUAGUUUCCGACCCUAAAGCAAAGACCAAAGUUACACUAAAGGAUUUGGAUAUAUAUGUGUAAGUGUAUAUGUGUAUUAAUGAAUAUGUAAGUAAAAGAGAAUA